AUGAAGCGCAGGAUGGUGGUGAUGUACAUGGAGAUCGGCUGCUUUGUGUCCUGCCUGUUUGGCUGGAUCCUGGUGUGUUCCACCCUUCCCACAGAUUACUGGACUUUCUCUGAGGUGAGCGAUGUCGCGUUGACCACCAUCAACUUCUACUCCAACCUGUGGAAGGACUGCGUCUCAGACACCACGGGGGUGUCCGACUGCAAGGAGUACCCUUCCAUGAUGGCCCUUCCUGCGUUCCUACACGCCACCAGAGCGCUCGCUGUCUGCGCAGUUAUCACUGGUUUCUUCGGAGGCGUCCUCACACUCAUAGGGAUGAAAUGCACUAAAAUAGGCGGAUCAGAGAUUGCCAAUGCGAGGGUGACCUUUGCAGGCAGUAUAACCUACCUGGUUUCAGGAUUCUGUGGUAUGAUCACCUACUCAUGGUGGGCCAACAAAGUCAUAACAGAAUUCUUGGAUCAAAACUUCCUACCACAGAAAUUUGAACUUGGAGCUGCAAUUUUUGUUGGCUUGGGUGGCUGCAUGCUUCUCCUCUCUGGAGGGACAGCGCUGUCUUACCUCUCUGGAAAAGAUCUAACAUCAAGUAAUGUCAACAAUUCUGCAGAAAGCUCACGUAGAGCAGCCACUUACACCUCUGCGCGGACCAGACGGACCUACAUGCUGCCGGCCUCGGCGUCCAGAGUGACCCUGGUGCCGCCGAUAUUUAAUGAAGGCAGGAAGAGCCAAGCAAGCAUAGCACCCAGUGCAACAAGAAAAGCCAGCGUCACCUUCAACAGGGACAGCUUCGUCUGA